AUGGACCCCGGCCUCUACAUCGUCCUUGCACCACCAACAGGCAGACUUCUUGACGGGUGUGAAGACGUUGAGAACUACGAGCCGGGUGGCUUCCACCCAGUUCACCUCGGCGAUGUGUACGAUGGCCGGUACCGGGUCGUCCACAAGCUCGGCUUUGGCGGCUUCCCGACCGUCUGGCUCGCCCGAGACGUGCUCGACGGCCGGUGGAUGACCUUAAGGUGGUUGUCGCCGGGGAGUCAGCCACGUACGAGCAGGGCGGCUGCGGCAACCCACCCCAGCAUUGCCGAGCCUCCUCUCUUUGCUGUGCCUGAGGGGCGGUUCUGCGUUGAUGGGGCCGAAUUAUGGGCGUCUCUGCCUGGUGAUGCCGGUUUUGGGUCCGAGUGUGUCCACGCUUUCCAGGGGUUCUCCUCCGGGGUGACCCCCGGGUUCGCCAGAGAGGUAUCUCUUCAGGCUGCCCGAGCGCUCGCACACUUGCAUGCAAAUGGGCUGUGUCACGGCGACCUGACCUCCGCCAACAUCGCCAUCCGUCUCAACGAAGCGCUGCGUACAUCGCCCCCAACUCCCCACGGACCGGAGCACAUCGUCGCCCCUCUAGACUUCUGCUCUGCACCGACCGCCCUCCACAGCCGCAACAUCUGCAUCACCGAAGUUGAUCAGUCAUUUCAAACUGCUCAUCCGCCGGCAACGAAACAACUCGGCAUCACAACCAAGUACCUCGCCCCGGAGGUAUGUGUGCGCCACGCACCCAGUAAGGCCCCUGACAUCUGGGCGUUGGGCUGCGCCAUCUUCCGCAUCCGGUCAGGCGACGAUCUCUUUUUCGACUACGACACCAACUGCCCGGCUAAUGCACUCAGACAAACUGUCAUGACCAUGGGCGAGGGAAAGCUACCUCAAGAAUGGAGAAAGACGAGAUUCAACGAGGACUGGUUUCGUGUUCCUAUCGGGAAGGAGGAGGGUGACUCUGGAAGACUCACGGCCGCUGAGAGGGAGGGUGUGGUCAAUCCUGGAUGAGCCGAGGGCGCUGUUUGUCAAUGCGACAGGUGAGGUGGUGCAAAUGACGGACGGGCCCGGACCGGCUAUGUUUUGAGGAUCACGCUGCUAUGCGGGUGCCGUAUCCGGAUGCGACAAGGGGGGUAGUGUGGAAGCCCACUGCGGCUUGCGUGGAUGGCGGGUACAUUACGGGGUAUGAUGGUGAGACAGACGAGUUGCUGAAAGCGUUUCCCUGGCUUGAGGAGCAGGAGGCGGCGUUGUUGGUGGAUUUUCUGGAAAAGAUGUUCAGGUAUGACCCGGCCGAGAGGAUUACAAUGGAGGAGGUGAUCGGGCAGACUUGGUUUGCCAUGGAUGAUCAAACACUGACCAAGGCUGUGGUGAAUACCCGAUGUUGAGACAAAAGUGUAGAAU